UCUUUUCUAACGCAAGGGACGUCACCCUGUAUUUUGGCGAAAUAUGUCAUUUCAGGUCAUUUUGACUAAUGACUUUUUAUAAAUCUUGCAUCUAUAAAUAGGACACUAGGACCAAGGAUUUUCCAUACUAUCAAAAUCCUUUGAAGGACACAGUUGAAAGAUAAAAAAUGGAUGAUACAGAUUUACCCGUUACAAUAUCCAUGCGUUCCAUCAGUGACUAUUUUAUUUGCUCAAUAUGUAUGUGUUCAAUGAAAGAGACACACAUGACAAAAUGUGGCCACAGAUAUUGUGUAAAGUGUAUACAAGAAUGGGUGGAUCGAAGGCACAAAUGUCCAUGCUGCAACACAAAUCUAGACAAAGAUCAGCUCAUUAAAGACCACCAGUAUGAUAGUCUUAUUAGUGCUAUACUUAAAGAGAAAGAGAAAUCUGAAGAAACAUAUUUUGAAUCACUUAUUCACUCCAGUUCAGGUGAAAAUUGUAUAAAAAUGGAAGAAAUAAAAUUAUCACCUAUUGAGGCAGUUUUCAAAAAUCAUUUGAAGGACAAUUUAGGAGCUCAUGAAAAAUGUCUUCAGACACUUAAGAAACAGCUACAUACAAGAUUAAAGAAAUUAGAAGAGGAAUCACAGUCUGCAAGGGAAGAACUUAGAACACAGGGUUUAUUUCAGACAGAUUUAGAUCAAGAAAAAGGAAAAAUAGACAACAAUUUUACCAAUCAUAAAGCAGAAUUGGAAAAGGAAUUUGAAGCAUGUUCUCAACUUAUUGCUCAGGCUUAUGACAAACAUUUAACAGAACACAUUCCUAAGCUAUCAGUAUUACCUGUAAAAAUAACUAUCAACGUACUACCUAAAGAUCUGAAGAUAUCCGAUGUAGUGUUUGCACCCACAGAUAGAACAAAACCUCGAGUAAUAGGAGCAGUAGAGGGUGCCAUGUCUGCCAACAAAGACAAAGUAGUCAAAUGGCCAGAUGAUGUUCAGUUUAUAUUGUUUGGACCAUUUGCAAAAUGUAAUCAGCAUGAAACAGAGAAAGUAGUUCAGGAAGUCUUACAGAACGGUGUUACCUAUCCUGAUGUCACAGUAUUGGAUAGCCAAUCAAUGCCUGUUUUACAUCAAAGCAUGUCACCAGGAAGUGAAAUAGUGAUAUUUGGAGAAGUAAAGUUUGAAAGUGAUCUGCCAAAGAAAUGUUUUGCUGGUCUGUACAAGAAAGAAGAAGAUCAAAUAGUGGACUACUUCAUAUGCCAAUCAUGUAAUUUUAAAUGGAUUUGCAGAAGUUGCAUGGAAGUUUGUCAUAAAGGACAUGUGAUCCAACCAUACAUUAUGAAUUUUCAUCCAUCAUGGGCUUGUUGUUACUGUCCGAAGAACAAGAAAUGUAUAAUAAGAGAAUAGAGACAUGUAAAAACGACAAAAACAUACCUGUGAUAUAUACAUAAUACUUAUUUUUAUCUGGACAUUUUAUAAUAUAAUCUCACAAUAUCAUUUUGUUAUUCCUGUUUUUAUUCCAGAUUAAAAAAGAACCUAAUCUAUAAAUUUUAAAUAAAAUUGCUAUAUUAACUUACAUUCAAGAUUUUUUGAAUGAAAUGAAGCAAUGAGAUAUGCAUUUAUUUGUUAGUUAUAUGUAGGGAUUAUUUUUUUUUUUAUCACAAAAGAAAAAUCAAAAGUUUGCCCUGCUUUUGUUUGUGAAUGUAUUGGACUAAUGUUGAUGUCCACAUGACAGAUUUUAAUUGACUAUUAGUCUGUUAUUGGUAUGACAAAUUUAACAAGUUUGAAUUUUGAGUACAUUUUUUAGCCAACUAUAGGUCAUGGAAAUUCAGACUGAUCAGUGUCCAAUCCAGCCAGCAUGAAAAUAUUUUAUAAAAUCAGGGCCUUGCAUUUUACACACACCAGUCAAUUAAAACAUAAGAAAUCAAUGCAGUGUUAAGAUCAACACAAUAUUGUAUGGUCUGCAUGGAAAAUCAACAAAUGGGUAUGUGUAAAAAAGUAGUCGGAUACAUAAAGAAUCAUCACAUAGUUAGACUUGUUCAACCUCCACAUUGAAACAACAACUUUUUUGGAACUCUCCUAUUCAAGCAUGCCUCCAGCUUACAGACUGAGUUGAAUACUGCUUAACAAGAUAUACAAUGAUAAUGAUAGCUUCUUGUUAGAUGAAGUGAUAUGGUAUCCUGUCAUAUCCUGAUUCUGUUAUAUCAGUUUCUGAAUUCAUUGUGACAAUAAAAGUGUUAGAUAAGAAUGUCCAUUUUGUGGAUGCG